UAGUAGGUCGCGCUGGCAAACCCCUUUGUUCUGAGGAAAGGGCGCUCAAGCUGCUGUUUCAGUCAUUUUCAGUGUCUUUAUAUUUCACAGAAAAGAUGGGGCCGGAUUGUGAUUAAAGGGAGAUAACGCCGCACUGUUAAAAAAUAUCAGAAACAUUUUCACGAAAGCGACAGGGCAGCUGAGUCUUUGCAUUAACAUUUUCAAUCUCUUUGCGGCUGAUGAAGAGAAGAAGACUGCAGUGGUUUUGUACAGCCGGGGAAGCAUAUCUUUGAAUGAAGCAGUACAUAUGAAGCUGAUUCAACUGGAAACCGUUUUGCCCUUUAAAUGUAUGAGCAGCUAGGCUACUGGCUGGAGGGAUACGUAUCAUAUAAUGCUGACAUAAAGCAAGGGCAUCUUGAUGAGGCCAAGGACUGGAAAAUUACACGGAAUUCGGUCAUUUAAUUUCUUAAAACUUCCUGGACCGUCACCACUGAUCCCCAUAAUCACGAGGAAUGUUUCCGUUCAAUUGAGAUAGUAAAACACGUAGGUUACUCUGCAGUAAUAAUCGAAUGCUUAAAAAAAAAAAAAAAAAAAAAAAAAAAAAAAAAAAAAAAAUAUGAUGAUAAAAAUGAUUCCAAAAUGCCCCAGAACCAAGUUGCCUGUGGGGGCUGCUCUGUGUGUAUUUGUGAUCUGCUGGCUGUAUAUCUUCCCAGUUUUCAGGCUUCCUAGCGACAAGGAGAUUGUGAACGAAGUAUUGCGGCAGAGAAAAGCGUGGAAGAAAAAUCAAACAGGAAUCUCAAUAUACAGGAAGCUAGUGGGGGAGUGCUGUGACCCCAGGAACCUCUUUGCAGUGACAAAGCAGAACACACCGCUGGGCAAGAACCUUUGGUAUGAUGGAGAGUUUUUCCAUUCACUUACAGUCAACAAUGACACCUACUCUCUCUUCAUAAAGGAGAGCCCAUUGCAGUUGCCCUUGAAGAGGUGCUCUGUAGUCGGCAACGGUGGAAUCCUGAAGAACAGUGGCUGCGGUAAACACAUUGAUCAAACCGAUUUCAUCAUGAGGUGCAAUCUCCCCCCACUCUCCAAGCAGUACACAGAGGAUGUUGGGACCAAGGCACACUUGGUGACAGCCAACCCCAGCAUUAUUGAAAAGAGAUUUCAGAACCUGCUUUGGUCCAGGAAAGCGUUUGUGGAAUAUGUCAAAGCCUAUGAUUCAAGCUUCAUUUACAUGCCUGCUUUUUCCAUGAAGCCUGGAACUGACCCCUCUAUACGAGUUUACCACACUCUGUCUGACAUCAGUGCCAACCAAACCGUCCUUUUUGCCAACCCAGACUUCUUGAGAAAUGUGGGGAAGUUCUGGAAGAGCAGAGGGAUCCAUGCCAAGCGUCUAUCCACUGGCAUGUUCCUUGUCAGCUUGGCUCUUGGACUUUGUGAUGAAGUGACACUCUAUGGCUUCUGGCCUUUCUCGUUGGACUUGCAGGAGAAGUUUAUAAGCCAUCACUACUACGAUAAUGUUAUGCCUUUUUCUGGAUUCCAUGCCAUGCCAGAGGAGUUUCUUCAGCUUUGGCAUCUCCACCAAAGCGGCACUUUACGAAUGCAAGUUGGCCGGUGCGAUGAGGAAGUGGGCUAGACCUCGUUGCAUCUUAUCAUGGAGAACAAGCAUUGGCAUUUCCUUUGGACAUAUUUCUUCAGUUGAUAAGGGCAAGUCAUUUUAACAACUGAGCGUGUGACUUUUUAAAAUUCCUUUUUUGUUUAACUGUGAAUGCAAUUUGUGGGAUCAUGUAAGAAAAGAAAAAAAGGAAACUACUGAGAAAAUAGCUCGGCCUGCACUUUGCAAGGACUCAUUUUAGCAAGUACAUUAUGUCAUUACUGAUAGGGCUCAGGGUGAGGACAGCAUACUGUAAGUCCAUUAUUUUAUUUUAUUUUAACUCCAGCAUAAGCUCUUUAGUUGUAACAGGGCUUUCCAAGAUUGUCCCAGAGACAUCAAUCUGAACAAAUGGUUACAACAAUCCUUUUUCAAGCAGUAUAUACAGUAAUGUACACACAAACAAAUCCCAAGACACCACAACAAUAAUACGUAGAAAAGUAAACUAAUAGAUAAUCUUAAAAAGAUCUGUCUAAAAAUUGACAUCACAUUUAACAGUCAUAAACAGAGGAAAAGAUAUGCAAAUUAAUGAGUACCAGUAUCCAUUUUAUAUGGCGUGACAGCCGAAGUAUAGCAGUCCUUAUGGAACAGUCAGACGGCAAGAAAGGUUUAUUGUGGAGAUUGACCGUUCGUAGACUUAAAUAUCGUAAAUAACCAUUAGUGCUUUCAUCUGGGAAAGCCAGGUUAAAGUAGAAUACACAUUACAAUGGUGUGUGAAGUAAUACUACUCAUGCGUAAGUCUGCAUAUUAAAUAACAUGUCAAGCUUUUGUAAAAUAGAAGUAAUUUAGUCGCUGAUUGGUAAACGGAAUCAAAAUAUUCUAUUAAUGGCAAUAGUAACUGUUUGUCAAUAUAAGGCCUAGUGAAUCUGUUCACAGUUUAUGAUCUAUAGACAGCAUUCAUUUUAGAGUUGGUUCUUACUGCUUAAUGUAGGUGCUUUUUUGGAAUAUAGGCCUAUAUCUACAGCACCAAUAUAUUUUUCUAGUUUCCUAGCAAUCAAUUCUGCAUUAAUGUUACAUGAUGCAGAAGAAUCCAGGCUUAGAAAAAUGCUUUAUAGCACAAUUACCAGUUCAGCAAAGGUGUGCCAAUUACCAGUGUUGAACUUUGCUUUACAUCACUGCAUGGGUUCUUAACUGCAAUAAUAUACAAGGAAAGGUCUUGUAUAUUAAAACAAAGGAAAAAAACAAAUCGAAAGAAAUCUAGAAAAAUGCAGGAACAUUGAUUUCUAACAUUUAAAAAUGUGGAGACUGUUCACUUUGUCUUUUUUACUUUAUGGUAACAGCAUAGCUCAUACUUACAAGCGCAUGGCUUAAGAGAAUAAGGCUUAAACACUGUAAAAAAAAAAAAAACGUAUCUAGAAUAGGAUGAAUGAAAUCUGUUUGAACUCAAAAGUUAGGCUUUUCUACUUUGUACUGUGGUCAGCUUGAAGCUGGGAAACUGGUCGUCAUGGUCAAAAAUGACAGUACAUUUAUUUAGUGCUACUAUGUAUUGCUUAUUUUGUGAGUUGCUUCAGUACACACAUGUAGUAGCUAAACAGUCAUUGAUUGGUUGUCAAUUUUAGGUAAGCAAAUAUACUCGCUCCAUCCAGAUGCUGGUCAUCUGGGGCUCUAAAACCAACUAGUAACCAAGUAACUAUUAUAAAAAAUAAUAAUUUAAUGAAAUCUGUUACUAUUUUACAGUGGCUUAUUAAGGACAUUACGAAAAAAAAAACAGAAAUACGUUAUGUUGAGAUGACAAGAUAACAUUUCUUGUGAUCUCGACAAAACGCUUUUUAGUUUUUUCAUGUCCUCAGCGAGCCACCAUACCAUUUCAACAUGUCUUGAAACACAUAAAUAGGCAUUUACUGUAAUGUAUGGGUAAAAUCUUGUCUUAAAACUAUUUUACAUAAACUACAGUAAUUGAGCAUUUAAGCAAUACUGUUUAAUUGGGUUUGCCUGUUGAAACAAACCAACUCUGUGUGUCACAAUCCCAUUUUUCAACAAAUAGACUAUUCUAUAUACAUUAAAAGUGAAAUUAAGUGAUACUCAAAAUAUAAAAUGUUGCAAUUAAGGAGUUAUUAAAUAUAUCUGGUUUAUGUAUGUUUCCAAUUCCAGUAACCACUCUGAAGGCUUAUAAACAGAUUUUGGGCUUUGGCCACAAAAGCUUAAGUAAGGUACCAAUACAGGACAUUCCUACCAUUGUCUAUUGUAACAUGUUUAAAAUCCUUGUGCUCAGACCAGCUCCACAAUACCUAGCACUUCAGCAUAUUGUCUGUCUGUUUUCCUGUAUGUAAUCAUUUUUGUUCACUUUGAAGGUGUAUAUGUGCUUAUGUGCUUCAUGUUGUCUGAGAAAACACUUAAUUUAUCUGGUAGAUGCUACUAUACCAAAAAUAAGAAAAAGCUGACAUUUCAGGUAAAAGAAAAAGAAAGAAAAAAAACUUUAGCUACCUCGUGUAUAGUAAAUCUCAGUUUGAAAGCAUGUAAAAUUCUGUAAGUUGAGAAAAUCCUGUUUCCACUAAUAGGAAACAAUAUAUGUUUUGCUACUUAGAUUGCAGACAGAAAUAUCACAAUGACUUUCCCAUUUCUAGUAGUAUUCCCAACUAGAGGGUGAAAACUGGCAUUACUGCAUGGCAAAAGGUCAGAUUAGCCCUCCUUCCCCAUUCACAAUAUUUUUGUUCUGCUUGCGUAAAUCUGAAUAAUUACCUGAGUGCAGAAAACCUUUGUAAUAUAUAUAUAUAUAUGUAUAUAUAAACCUAAACCAACUCUCUGGCAAGUGUUCUCCAAAGCAACCAUUUCAAUGGCAAGGAGUUAAGAGAAAGUGCAUUCAUAGGGACUGAACAGAAUGAAUAUUGUUAAGCACAUAUACACCUUGCUAUCUCUGAAAUUGUAAAGUAGCAUUCAUUGGGUUUUUCUGUUUUAUUUAUUGUAAUAGUGUGUUUUAUAUCAUUUACUUUUUUUGGAAUAUUAUUUUUGG